ACAAAACGUAAUGGUACCACUGACAUGGGCAAUAAAUAGAACUUUAAGAUAUCAACCAACGAAUCCUCAACAUUACAUGGCCCAUCAAUUGUUACGUUGGAAAUAUGGUAAUGUUCCACAAGAAGAAAUGGAUAAUGUUCAACAAUUUGUCGUUUCUGCUACAACAACGGUGGAUCGAAAGCUUAUAGAGAAACGUAAACUAGAAGAAGAAGAUAACAUCAGACGUCUAAAUGAAGCUGCGAUAAAAGAUAUUAUUUGCGACACGUGUUUAAACAAACAAAAAUCUAAUCGGAUCAAAGAGCGUUGUUGGAAGUGUACAAGAGUCCCAAUAUCGACAUACGACAAGUGAAUUCCUAGAAUCAAGAGUCAAAUAUUUUCUC